AUGGAAUAUUACAACGGUUCAGCAAAGACAGAAAGGGAUCCACCCGAAAGAAGAGGAUCGGAUCCACCUGAAGUAGUCAAGUCCCAAUCAAUGGAAGAAGUGGACUCUCUCCGACCUGCGAGCCAUGAAACAGAAUCGAUUGAAUACGUGGGAGUUCAGAAGUGGAAAUCCAUUAGUGGCAUGAGAAGAAGUAGGGACGGGACUGAGGGAAGUCAUUCCAGGCAAGAGAGCCAAUCAGGGAAAUCCUCCCGGCAGGGGUUUCUACGAAAGACCCGAUUGCUGACUCUUCUAGUGUUCACCACGGGGAUUGAACAGAAGGGGAAGAGGAGAUUUGACCCUGUGCCGAUGCCAUUAUCCCAGUUACUUCCUCAACUCAUUGCAACAAACCUGGUCACUACGGUUCCUCCAAAACCUGUAACUGAUCCCCCUCCAAAAGGAUUUGAUCCCAAUGCCCGCUGUGAUUAUAACAUGGGAAGCCCAGGACACUGGACUGACAGAUGCUUCAGAUUGAGGCAUAAGGUCCAGGACCUCCUCGAUCAAGAGCUCCUGAAUUUCGAGACUGACCAAGGAAGCAAACCAAAUGGGAAUAGCAAUGACAUCGGACUCUCCAGCAACAAGAUCAGUAGCAAAGGCAGAAUAUUAGAUCCUUCUCAGCUCAUCACACCGCCAGGAACCCGAGUUCGGCUCAAGAUCAAAGAAGGGGAGGAUUUACCAGAGGUUGCUAUGAUAGCCUCAACAGGAGGAAAGCCAGCAGAAGAAGCUCUAGUAAACAAACCCAGUGGCCGGAAACAUAGAGCAGAUAAAAGUACAGAUGAAGGAAAUGAUGCUCCUUAUGAACACUUUAGUAGCAGCACAGGGCACCCCAGGAACUCAGUUCAUUACUCCAAUGCUACAACAGUCAGUACUCACAGGUACCAUUCCGACAUCUCGGAAUACAGUCAAUACCUCUCCAGUGGGGAAGAAACCUAG